ACGGAUUGACUACGAUAGUUUCAAAUUAGCUUGCUACAUAUCUGUUUAUCUAGGUUUCAAAUUUCAAUAAACAAUAAAUAGGCUCCUAGUGAUGUUUUCCAUGGUCUUUCGUUAGAGCAGAGAUACUAAUAACUAAGAAGGCAUUUAGAGAGUGUGUGUGUAAUAUACUGAUGUAGUGAUUACUAAGCGUAUAUUCUAUUUGAUUAUAGAAAUAAAAAGUAGUCUGCAGAGUACAGACUACUGCAGCUGCGUUGGUGCAUGUAUAAAAUUUUGAGAAUAAUUAUAAGACUUCGAAGAAACCAAAGAAGGAACUGUUUAAGCUUAAGUUAUCAAAUUAAGUCUAUAAGACAAACUCACAGCAAAAUGGAGAUUUCUAAAAAAGAUUUGGUAACACAAGAAAAUUCUAAGUUGUCAAAAAAAUAUUACCGAAGAGCUGAACACAGAAUCUUCGUGAACAGAUCACUGCACUUGGAAAAUGUUAAAUUCUACGGUUUUGAUAUGGAUUACACAUUGGCUGGUAUAUAUGAAUAAAUUUCCCUAUUGAAAUAUUUUAGUUUAAGCAUUAAUAUUUAGAUCAAAGUUGGUAAAAAUUACUUUGCUUAAUAUAUCCGCUUAGUUAAAUAGUGUGUUACCUAGUUUGAAACACAUCUCUCGCCCUUCAUAAAUUGCGUGCACUAUCCUCGUCACCACUCAUCCCAGCACCACUACUCCCAACACCACUACGCUUGGAAAGACUCACCACCGACGAUAAUACCACACGGUUUUUAACGGUGGUAGAGCCUUGCAGCAGCUUUUGCUGUUGCACGUAUGGGCCGGCUCGAGCCGGGUUAGUACCACGACCUCACAGAAUACCGGCGUGAAGUGGAAGUUCUGCUUCCGCGUUUCGUCUGGUGAGUGCAGGUGACCGGAUGCCCAAUUCCCCCCCCCCCCCCAUCAACAUGGUAGCGGAAUUACGUCAUAAACUACCCCAGGAGGGUACCAGUACCCCUGGAGAAUCCCUCGCUGAGCAUCCACGACCAUGCUAUUCCACUCCUGAGCGUGGGUGCUCAGGCUGCCCCGCGUAUUCUGGGGGGGGGGGGGGGGCAAAAUUCCGCUCAACACAAUAACUGCUCGGGGCAAACUGAGCAACAAGACCAAGGCGACCCCUGCCACGCUAUCCGUGAAUUUCUGCAACAUCAGGGGACUUCACUCGAACCUAAACGCCGUCCACUACCAUCUUGAGACGGCGAAGCCGGCCUUGCUCUUUCUGACCGAGACGCAGGUGUCCUCUCCGGCUGAUACUUCGUAUCUCUCCUACCCGGGGUACAAAUUGGAGCACUCCUUUGUGCCUCGGGCUGGAGUUUGCGUGUAUGUCAGAGAGGACAUCUGUUCUCGACGCCUCGGCAGUCUUGAAGGUUCGGACCUGUCCAUCCUUUGGCUACGCGUAGACAGCGACGACCAUCCGCGCGUCUACGUGUGCCUCUAUAGGUCCCAUAGCGGUAAUGCCGAAACAGACCGACUCAUCGACCACGUCCAAAUGGCUACAGAUUCCUUGCUACAACAGGUCCCAUCCGCAGAGAUCGUGAUCCUUGGCGAUUUUAACGCCCACCACGCCGAAUGGCUCGGUUCACGUUUAACCGAUCAUGCGGGGAGAUCUGUUUAUGACUUUGCCUUGGCAUAUGGUCUGACACAACUGGUUACAUCGCCUACGCGGAUUCCAGAUGUUGAGGAUCAUACACCUUCCCUGUUGGACCUUCUGCUGACCUCUCAUCCGGACGGAUAUCAGGUUUCCGUCGAUGCCCCUCUUGGCUCUUCGGACCAUUGUCUGAUCCGGAGUGUGGUGCCACUCACGCUCCCCUCGCGGUUGCGUUCUGCAGGUUGCCGCCGUGUUUGGCAUUACAGGUCGGCGGAUUGGGACGGAAUGCGGUCUUUCUUUGCUUCCUACCCAUGGGGGCGGGUUUGCUUCUCGCCGGAUGAUCCCAGCGCUGUUGCUGACUCUGUCACUGAUGUAGUGCUACAGGGAAUGGAACUAUUUAUUCCAUCAUCUGUGGUACCUGGUACCCAUCGAAGGCAGAUCUCAGCCUUGGUUUGGUCGCUCCUGUAAGACUGCAUUACGCAGUAAGCAGGAGUGUUAUCAAGCCUGGGCUGCGGCUUCGGUGACUCGGGAUGUAAACACCAGCACACUCAAAAAGAAGUAUAACUUCGCCUCCAGGUCCUUCAAAAGAGUUAUUGCCAAGGCAAAGUCAGAGCACAUAGGCAGAAUUGGCGAGAAACUAGUUCGCCUUCCUUCGGGAACCCGUGCAUUCUGGUCUCUCGCCAAGGCUGUCCAAGGGAAUUUCUGUAAGCCAUCACUACCAUCUCUGCACAGGGAGGACGACUCACUGGCUCACGACGCAAAAGAGAAGGCCGACCUUUUAGGCUCCCUUUUUGCGUCCAACUCGACUGUUGAUGACGGGGGGAACACACCGCCGACCAUCCCGCGGUGUGAGUGCUCCAUGCCGGAUGUGCGAUUCUCACAGCGCUCGGUUCGCAGAGCACUCCUCUCCCUUGACAUCCACAAGUCGAGUGGGCCUGACGGAAUCCCCCCAAUUGUGCUGAGGAUGUGUGCUCCGGAGUUGGCACCGGUUUUAACGCGUCUUUUCCGGUACUCCUACUCCCUAGGCGUAGUCCCGAAAUCAUGGAAGACAGCUUUUGUCCACCCGAUCCCUAAAAAAGGCGACCGCUCAGAUCCGUCCAACUACAGGCCUAUCGCCAUCACCCCCUUGUUCUCCAAAAUAAUGGAAUCCGUUGUAAACUGCCACCUCAUGCGGUACCUUGAGGAUCACCAGCUGAUUAGUGACCGCCAGUACGGUUUUCGUCGGGGUCGAUCAGCUGGUGAUCUUCUGGUCUACUUAACUCAUAGAUGGGCGUUGGCAGUAGAGUCCGAGGGGGACGCAUUGGCCGUUAGUUUGGACAUUGCGAAGGCCUUCGAUCGGGUUUGGCACAAAGCGCUUCUUUCGAAGCUCCCUUCCUAUGGGCUUCCCGAGAAAUUAUGCAAUUGGAUCACCAGCUUUCUUGCAGAUCGGAGCAUCAAGGUCGUUGUAGACGGUGCAUGCUCCGACUACAAGCCUAUUAACGCUGGUGUUCCACAAGGCUGCGUGCUAUCACCAACGCUAUUUCUUCUGCAUAUCAAUGAUAUGUUGCAAGCUGGUAGCAUUCAUUGCUAUGCAGAUGACAGCACUGGUGAUGCUCUAUACACCGGCCGUGCCAAUAUUUCUCGGGAAAACGUCACCGAGUACCGGAACAAACUUGUGUCUGAAGUCGAGUCUUUGCUGGACAAAGUCUCGGAUUGGGGGCGACUAAAUCUAGUCCAGUUUAAUCCUCAGAAGACACAAGUUUGCGCGUUUACCGCUAAAAAGAACCCCUUUGUCGUAUCUCCUCAGUUUCAAGGUACUCCCCUUGUUGCCUCAGCCAGUAUCGGAAUCCUCGGCGUCGACAUAUCGAGUAGCGUGCAGUUUCGUGGUCACUUGGAAGAGAAGGCCAAAUUGGCCUCUAAAAAGCUUGGCGUGCUCAGCAGAGCGGGACAGUAUUUCAUGCCGGCUCAACGCCUGCAACUUUACAAGGCGCAGGUUCGGCCUCACAUGGAAUACUGUUCCCAUCUCUGGGCUGGGGCUCCCCAGUGCCAGCUUCUUCCACUUGACCGCAUCCAGCGCAGAGCGGCUCGAAUCGUCGACGACCGAGUCCUUUCCGAUCGGCUCGACUCAUUGGCACUGCGAAGAGAUGUUGCAUCUCUUAGCAUUUUUUUUUCGCAUUUACCAUGGGGAGUGCUCUGAGGAAUUGUUCGGAUUAAUCCCAGCCGCCAAAUUUCACGAACGCACAUCGCGGCAGAACUCCCGAUACCAUCCACACCAUCUGGAUGAUUGGCGGUCCACCACUGUGCGAUUUAGAAGAUGUUUUCUUCCUCGCACAACUUCCUUGUGGAAUAGUUUACCACCAGCGAUUUUUCCGGACCGAUACGACUUAGGGACCUUCAAGAAAAGAGCCUACUCUUUUUUAAAAGGCCGGCAACGCAUCUGCAAUUCCCCUGGUGUUGCGGUUGUUCAUGGGCGGCGGUAGUCACUUACCAUCAGGUGAGCCGCAUGCUCGUUUGCCCCCUCUCCUAU